CCCAACGAGUAGCCAAUCAACUCUCCACCCAAAAUGUCUCCGCAGACUACCUCUUCUUCACCGCGUAUCUCCAAGAAGGAGACGAGAAGGACCUCGAGCGACUCAACGGCGACAUGCUCGAGAACUUCCUCAAGGCGCUGAGUAUCAGCGGUGCAGAAAAGAAGUUGAAGCGCGUGUUGCUAGUGACCGGGGCAAAGCACUACGGGGUACAUUUGGGACCGGUGAAGUCUCCGAUGGAAGAGAAUGAUCCGUGGGUGGAGGGAGAGGGAAGGCCGCCGAACUUCUAUUAUAGGCAGCAGAGGAUACUGAAGGAAAUGAGUAAGGGGAAGGGGUGGGAUUGGGUGGUUACGUAUCCGAAUGAUGUUAUUGGGGUUGCCAAGGGAAAUUUCAUGAACCUAGUGACAGCCGUCGGACUCUACGCGGCAAUCACCAAGGAACUCAAUGCGCCAUUCACCUUCCCCGGCUCACGCACUUUCUACACCAUGACUGACUCAUUCACAUACUCGCGCUUCCAUGCCCGCUUCUGCGCAUGGGCAAUCUCCGAGCCUGGCUGCUCGAACCAGAAUUUCAACGUUGUGAACGGCGACGCGCAGUCCUGGCAGACCAUGUGGCCCCGAGUUGCAAAGCGGUUCGGGCUCACUGUUCCAGUGGACCAGUUCGAGGCGGAGGACGAGAACGUUGUUCCGCUGAGUGAAAACCCCCCGUUGAAUGAUUACGUGCGGACGAGUGGACUCAAAGGGAGGGUUGAGAAGGGUGAGGUGCGUAUGCGCAUUGAUUUGACCAAGUGGGCACAGAGAGAUGAUGUGAAGGCUGCGUGGGAGAGGUUGGCAAAGAGGGAGGGGUUGGAGAAAGAUGCGUUUGAGAAGGCGACAUGGUUUUUCCUUAACUUUGUGCUGGGAAGGAAUUAUGAUCUGGUAAUUAGUAUGAAUAAGGCGUGGAAGCUGGGAUUCCGCGACUGGGAGGAUACUUGGGAUGCGUUGGAUGGAUGUUUGAGUGAGUUGGAGAAGGAGAAGGUUUUACCGAAGACUGGGAGGAAUUAAUAGGAAUGCGGCAUACUAGUAAUGACUCCAGGCGAGAGCGUACAAACCAAAAAGUCAUAUUUCGGGGUGUUUAGGAUUGUUAAUAUGGGGGUGGAUGGCGGAUUGGCUUGCUCCCGCUGUGAAGUAAUAUCGCAUACUAACCAUGGACUAAACAUCUGCCACAGUAAUCACUG